AUGCUUCAAAUGUUGCCGCGACGCCUCCCGUACUGGCUUUUCCAGCGCUCCCACGCGACCGUGCCCUCCCGCCUGGCGCGGCGCUCCUUCACAUCCGGAUGUCCUCAUAUGUCGGCACCGCCCGUCCAACCCGCUCCAUUAUUCGCAACACUGCCCUCUGAUUCAUACCAGCUACUCUCCACGACAGACAAAGCUGGCCCUGCCGAAGAUGCUCUCUUUGAACAACAGGUGCGCGAUGUACAAUACUGGUGGAGUUCCACCCGAUACGAGGGUAUCGAGCGGCCCUACUCGGCCGAGGAUGUGGUGGGCAAGCGCGGGUCGCUGCAACAGACGUACCCGAGCUCGCUGAUGGCGCGUAAACUACUCAAUUUGUUAAACGAACGUGCUACGUUGGGCGAGCCAGUGCAUACCAUGGGCGCCGUUGACCCGGUGCAGAUGACUCAGCAGGCUCCCAACCAGGAGGCUUUGUAUGUUUCUGGCUGGGCUUGCUCAUUCCUGUUGACUUCCACCAACGAGGUUUCACCGGACUUUGGUGACUAUCCUUACAACACCGUGCCAAACCAGGUCCAGCGAUUGUUCAAGGCGCAAUCCAUGCACGACCGCAAGCAAUGGGAUGCUCGACGGAGAAUGACCACCGCAGAGCGCAAUUCCACGCCUUACAUAGAUUAUCUGCGACCGAUUGUCGCCGACGGUGAUACUGGACAUGGUGGCUUAUCGGCAGUGAUGAAGUUGGCAAAGCUUUUCGCUGAAAACGGUGCGGCGGCCGUCCACUUCGAGGACCAGCUUCAUGGUGGCAAGAAAUGUGGUCAUCUGGCGGGUAAGGUCCUUGUCCCGAUGGGCGAACACAUUAACCGUUUGAACGCUGCGCGCUUUCAGUGGGACAUGAUGGGAUGCGAGAACCUGCUGAUCGCACGCACGGAUUCAGAAAGUGGUCGGUUGAUCAGCAGCACUAUUGAUGUGCGCGACCAUGAGUUCAUCCUCGGUAUUGCGGAGGUGGUGGAGUCCUUGGCGGAGACUCUCCAGAUAAUGGAGCAUGAAGGCGCCUCGCCGGCCGAGAUCGACGCCUUUGAGCUGGGCUGGAUCCAAAAGCACAGACUGAUGACAUUUGACGAGGGCAGGUCCAAUUUAACUGUUGAUGACCAUCUAGAGGUCGAAGGUGCUCCCAUGUCUUCCCGGGAAUCCUACAAGAGCCAUGUUCAGAAAAAUCGCGAUCUUUCAAUCUCUCGCCGCCGUUCUCUGGCUAAGUGCUACACCAAAUCGCCGGUUAUUUGGUCAUGCGAAAUCCCACGAACCCGCGAAGGAUAUUAUCACUAUCUAGCAGGAUUCCCUGUCGCGACAAAGCGUGCCAAGAAUUUCGCGCCUUACGCUGAUCUCAUUUGGGUUGAGACUGGGGAUCCCGACGUUGGAAAGGCCGGAUCGCUUGCCGGUGAGGUGCGUGCCACCUACCCAGGCAAGAAGCUAGUGUACAACCUCAGCCCAUCGUUCAACUGGAUGGGCAAGGGAUUCACCGAGGCUUCGCUGAAGUCAUUUAUCUGGGACCUUGCUAAGCAUGGAUUCGUCCUCCAACUGAUUUCGUUGGCCGGUUUGCACGCCAACGCAACAAUCACUACCGAGCUUUCCCGUUCGUUCAAGGAUGAAGGCAUGCUAGCUUACGUCCGUCUGGUCCAAUCACGCGAGAAAGAGAUCGGUGUCGAUGUAUUAACUCACCAGAAGUGGAGCGGUGCCCCUUACAUGGAUGGCAUCCUGGGUCUGAUCCAGAGCGGAAGCAGCAGUAGUAGCAAGAGCAUGGGUGAGGGCAACACGGAGAAUAGUUUUUGA